GCUCUUCUUCCCGCCCUUCUCUCCCUCCCGCCACCAAUCUCUCUCUAGAAUUUGAGGAAGCCUCCCGCCACCUCUCUCUCUCUCCUCCGCCACUCUCUCUGGAACUUGAGGAAGCCAGGGUUUGCGAAACAAUCUACGUGCUUCUCUCUCCUCUGAGUACUAGCUUCCCAUCUCAUCAAUGGAUGGUGGGAUUUAGGGUUUAUUUGGCUCAUCUGCACGCCUGAUGAAUUCUAGGGCAUGCAUUUCUCUCUCAUCGUGUUGAUUUAUUUGGGUUGCAUUUCUCUUUCCUCUCGUUUGGACGGGACUGUUGUUUACGAAGGCUUCAAUCUGUAUUAGGGUUUGCAUCUCUCUCGCAUAUUUUUACAGGGUUUCAAUUUUGUAUCCAGUCCCUAUUAGGAUUGGUCGGAGAAUUCUGUAACUGCUCUUCAUGAUGGGGAAAGAGGAGCUUACAGAAGCUGUGCGCUCAGUACUUGGCCAUGGAUUCUCAGACAUGGAUAUAAUUCGAGCUCUUCAUAUGGCGAACAAUGACGUAACUGGAGCCAUUAACAUAAUCCUCGACACCCCAAAGUUCAGCUCCGGAGAAAAGACUUCUUCUCAAAAAGUUAGGGAGCAGCCCAAAAGUGAAGUUUAUGGGGCGUCAUCAAUGGUAGAGAGCUCAAAUUUGUCCCGUGAGACCUCUGAUGAUAUGCAGUUAGAUAGGAGAAAUGACACAUUCCAAGCUUGUUCAAUAAAGAACGAUGAAACAAAAGAACUGGAUGAUAGAUCUAUCAAGAAUGAAUCUGUAUCCAGAUUUACUGGUGAAAGUCUGGGCUCGAUCAAUAGCAAUUGGUGGUUUGUUGGGAGCUCUGAUAUUACUGCAUUAUCUACGUGCAAAGGAAGGAAGCUUAAGGUUGGGGAAAUUGUUUCAUUCUCGUUCCCUUUUAAGAACAGCCCACCUUCACACAAAACUAGUGGUAAACUAUUUGGAAGAGGGCGGCCAAACACUGCUUGUUCAGAAAUUGUGCGAUUCUCCACAAAAUAUUCUGGAGAGAUUGGGCGUAUUCCAACUGAAUGGGCUCGUAGUUUAUUGCCAUUGGUGAAGGCUGGGAAGGUUCAGAUUGAGGGCUCUUGCAAAAGUGCUCCUGAUACUCUCAGUAUAAUGGAUACUAUAACUCUAUCAGUCAGUGUUUAUAUAAAUAGUUCCAUGUUUCGCAAGCGGCACCAAGCUUCUCCUAAGUCUUUCCGCAGUUUACCCGAGGACUCAACUGUUCACCCUCUUCCAGUUUUGUUCAGAUUAUUGGGGUUAACCCCUUUUAAGAAAGCAGAAUUUAUGCCAGAAGACUUUUAUAGCAGGAAGAGGUCCCUAGAUUUGAAGGACAGUUCAGGAGUUUGUGUACCAUUGUUGCCUCCAGAGAAGAUUAGGAAGUUGUCUUCAGAUUCCAAUAGAGUAGAAAAUGAACAGGAGGAAAACAUUUCCGAUUCUGAUGUUGAUAAGCUCGUGGGUACCUCUGAUAGCUCUGAACUAGAGGAAAUGGAUCCCCCUCAUACCUUGCAAUGUGAAUUGAGGCCCUAUCAAAAGCAGGCUCUUCAUUGGAUGGUCCAGCUUGAGAAGGGUAGAUGUCUGGAUGAGGCAGGAACUGCGCUCCAUCCAUGCUGGGAUGCCUAUCACCUAGCUGACCCGAGGGACCUUGUCGUAUAUAUUAAUGCGUUUUCAGGAGAUGCUACCACAGAAUUUCCCAGUGCUCUGCAAAUGUCAAGAGGGGGAAUUUUAGCAGAUGCAAUGGGUCUUGGGAAAACUAUAAUGACUAUAGCCCUUCUGCUUUCACAUUCUGAUAAGGGUGGAUCGGGUUCUGGCCCUGUCAGUCAGCAUAGUAGUUAUACAGGUGAAGUUAGCAGCAUCAUUGACCACUCUCCUGAUAUGUCUGAGGAUCCCAUAAUUAGUUCAGGCUUUAGCAAGUUGGUGAAGUUGGGCAAAAUAUCACAUGUUAGUGGUGGCAAUCUCAUUGUUUGCCCCAUGACACUGCUGGGGCAGUGGAAGGCGGAGAUUGAAGCUCAUGUUGAACCUGGUUCUCUUUCUCUUUAUGUUCACUAUGGCCAAAGUAGACCAAAGGAUGCAAAAGUUCUGACACAAUAUGAUGUUGUUUUAACAACAUAUGGCGUUUUAGCAUCAGAAUUCCAGGCCGAGAAUGCUGAAGAUAAUGGGGGACUUUAUUCUGUCCGAUGGUUUAGGGUUGUACUUGAUGAGGCACAUACAAUAAAAUCUACGAAGAGCCAAACUUCGAUGGCUGCAGCUGCACUCACUGCUGAUCGGAGGUGGUGCUUGACUGGUACACCUAUUCAGAACAAUUUGGAGGACAUAUAUAGUCUCCUUCGAUUUUUGAGGGUUGAGCCUUGGAGCAAUUGGGGUUUAUGGCACAAACUUAUUCAGAAGCCUUUUGAGGAGGGUGAUGAACGUGGUUUGAAGAUUGUGCAGACUAUCUUAAGGCCAAUAAUGUUGAGGAGAACCAAAUCCAGCACUGACAAAGAGGGAAGGCCGAUGCUUGUUCUUCCCCCAGCUGAUGUUGAAGUAAUUUAUUGCGAGCUCACGGAAGCUGAGAAGGAUUUUUAUGAGGCUUUAUUUAAACGAUCAAAGGUCAAGUUUGACCAGUUUGUGGAGCAAGGAAGAGUGUUGCACAACUAUGCUUCCAUUCUGGAGUUGCUAUUACGACUUCGCCAAUGUUGUGAUCAUCCCUUUCUUGUGAUGAGUCGUGGUGAUACGCAAGAAUACUCUGAUCUGAAUAAGCUUGCGAAGCGCUUCCUUAAAGUCGGUCAGGAUGCUUUAAUUGGGGAAAACGAUGUGGCACCUUCAAGAGCGUAUAUUCAAGAGGUUGUAGAAGAUCUGCGUAAGGGCGAAAAGGGAGAAUGCCCAAUUUGUCUAGAAGUUUUUGAAGAUUCAGUUUUAACUCCUUGUGCUCAUCGUUUGUGCCGGGAAUGCCUCCUUGCAAGCUGGCGAAAUGCUAACUCUGGUAUUUGUCCUGUAUGCAGGAAAAUUCUAAGCAGGCAGGAUCUUAUCACUGUUCCAUCUGAGAGUCGAUUUCAGAUUGAUGUUGAUAAAAACUGGGUAGAAUCAUCCAAGGUUUCUGUUCUUCUCCAGCAACUGGAAAUCUUGCGCUCAUUGGGCUCCAAGAGCAUUGUUAUCAGUCAAUGGACGGCAUUCCUGGAUCUUCUGCAGAUUCCUCUUUCUAGGAAGAAUAUCAAGUUUGUCCGCCUUGAUGGAACUCUGAACCAGCAACAACGUGAAAAAGUAAUCAGGAAUUUCACGGAGGAUACUGGUGUUUUGGUAAUGUUGCUGUCCUUGAAAGCUGGGGGUGUCGGAAUUAACCUCACAGCAGCAUCUGCUGCCUUUCUAUUGGUGUGUACUGAUCCUUGGUGGAAUCCGGCUGUUGAGGAGCAGGCUGUGAUGCGUGUUCAUCGUAUUGGGCAGACUAAAAGAGUUGCAAUCAAGAGGUUUAUCGUUAAGGGUACGGUGGAAGAAAGAAUGGAAGCAGUUCAGGCCCGAAAGCAGCGAAUGAUUUCUGGGGCUCUGACUGAUCAAGAGGUUCGGACUGCACGUAUAGAGGAAUUGAAAAUGCUGUUCACAUGAUGAAUUUUGUACAUCCUUCAUAUCAUUUAUUUUCGCAAUGAGAUUGAGUUGAUGUACGUGGUUGCUUCUGUGCUGGCAUUCUUUUUGUGCUGAGAGAGUUUGCAUAUUCUGCAUGUGGUUUACAAAUACCUCAGUUAACAUGAGGACCAUUAUAACUUAGUAAGGCCCGGCAUCCCAGGCGGUGCAGAGGUACCCCAGGUUCAAAUCUUUGCUUAGCUUUGACACCUUGGUAUACAUUUUUAUUUGCAGUCCUUGUUGCCCCAUGUCUGCUGUUGCUUGAAAUAAGUCCAUGUGGGGCCAGGUCGAGCACAAUGGAGGGAGAUUUACACUGGACAACUUUUGAUUUGCUGUCCUCAAAUCCCUGAACUAUUUUCUAGUUUCUACAGCAUGUGAAUCUCCAUUUGGAUAAUCCUGGAGUGUCUCUCUCCCCUGUAGUGUUUUACAGUAAAUUAAUGGAUGUGACAUAACAUUUGUUAGUUUUUCAAAAAUGGGUUGCACACCAACACUCUCUCCAGCCUACAGAUUAUUAUAUACAUGUUGUUGUAUGGAACAUUGCUGCCAAUUCCAUCCCAUUCUUUCUCGUAUCGCCACUUCACGUGUAGCUUCUGUACAAUGGAGGAAAGACUUGUGAGGUUUAAUGACGGAGCCAUCUGAGAGAUUGGCAUGAGAGAAGUGAAUGUUGUUGUUGAAGUUGACCUUCUUGUUAUUUGAUUAUUUGUAGAUUUUAUGUGGUUA